CUGGCUUUUUUCCAAAAUAUUUGUCGUGGUUUUGGAAUUCCCUCUUAAAUAUCAAUUAAAGCAUCGAUUUUGCCGGAAUUCCUGUACACAGUAUGUCUCGCAGUGCUCGCCCCCUCACCUCCGCCCGUGUCCUGCACAAAAUCAAGGCUCUGAGCACCCCGCAAGCGAGCCAGGAAUAUGUGAUCAACCGGAACCCCAGGAAUCUGGAGCGAUUACGAAUUGCCUACAAGCCGGGCGGCUAUCACCUGGAGAAACCAGGCCGCUCCUACUGGCACACGCUGGAGAUCAACACCAGUGGUCGGUAUGUCAGCGCCGACGUGAAGCACUUCGAGAAUGGAACCAUCCUGAGUGCCAGCACCUCGGAAUGGGCCAUCAAACAGCAGCUCUACAAGACCAACGACACCUCGGCGUUCGUGAAUCUGGGUAGAGUGCUGGCCCAUCGCUGCCUGCAGUCGGGAAUUACCGAGAUGACCUGCAACGUGGAGGCGGUGCCCGGGAGCAAGCUGCAGAAGCUGCUCCAAACGCUCCAGGACAAUGGUGUGUCCUUCAAGGAGCCCCCUCGCCUGGCCAACCAACAGCCCUGGGAUGCUGAGAGGCACGAGAAGCCUUGGGAGGUGCUGGAUGGAUCCCUGGAACCCCCAACAUCGAAAUAACCAAAAGAAACCCCCGUUUAGUUUUCGUUUCGUUUAGAAUAAACGUUGAUUUUUAUUGCUAAUUACAACGAA